AUGUGGCCUACGCUCCGCGAGUUCUUGGCUGAGGGUUUCUACCCCAUCCCGCCGAUCCCCCCGCCACGUCCCGGCUCGCAGACGACGCGCGCGACGGGGAUCCGACAACCUUCCUCCCAGUCACUCGACCUCAUCGAAGCUACGCCAGGGCAACACAUCACAAUCAAGACCAACUUUGACAUCCUCCAACCGCUGCAGGCAGCGCUGGAGAGUAGGCUCAACCUCGAUGCACCUGUGUCUGGCGAGAUCCCGUUACAGUUCGCGCGCGCGGCGGCCGAUUCUAGGAACGCAGCCGUAUUGGAGGGACCAAACUUGAUGGACGAGCUGAAGCGGGCUUACGACAUUGUGAACAAUCUCGUGCGCUGCACACUGGGCAAGGAAGCCGUCUCGCUAGGCAAAUGGACCGUUGUCGGCAACCAGACGGAACCGCAAGCACACCUCGCGUUCGACCACAACCAUCCCGGUCAGACCUUUGUCUCAGGCACGCCGGAUGCGACAUGCGCUGUGGACGGGCGGCGAGAGACGCCGGCGAUCGCACUACUCGAGAGCACUGUGACGGCCAUGUUCAGCGACGACCGUGACCUUCGGCGGCAAAAGGCGACGCUCCGGUCGGACGAGGGCAUGAUCGUGUACAUGUCGCAGGCGAGCCGCAAGCUGCGCACGUGGAAUAGCUAUCUGCGCAAUGGCACCGCGCAAUUCUGGGUCAACUUCAUGGCGCAGGUCUGGGAAGAGAUGCACCAAUACCGCGCCGAGUGCGUUGUCAUCACGUCGUGGAAGUUCACGAGUCUGUUCAAGCGCAUGGGCGCAAAUCUCAUCGAAGUCUCGCCCAUCUCCAACUUUGACGACGACCUGACUGGCCGCUUGAACAUGUUGCAGAUCCUGACUGCGUUCGCCGUGUCCAAAGUCGACGACCCGCUCACCGCGUGGACGGACCAUCCGGGAACGCCUUCUCUGCUUCGACGUGACAGCGAAGAGCUCGACCGCACGGGAGACGCCACGCCAAUGCCGUGUCCACUCCCUGCUGCAAUCACAAUAUCAGUGAGUGGACAGCCCAUGAAUGUGUUUCCUAACCAACAGGGCAUGGGGGAGAAUCAGAGCCGCUCUGUCGCUCAGCUCUCUCUCGUCUAUGCGAACGAUCACGGGGCACGCGACGAGUUCUCUAAGCAUGUACCCAAGGCCGGGAACUACACUGUCCACCUGGGUGAACACAUCGGCAGCGGGCGAACAUACGAGUGCUAUCGGGUGAAGGACACAAACAUGGUCUCAGCCUCUGGCGGCCUGGUCGCCAAGGUUGUUCAGCUUGAGCAGUUCCCGGUCCGUGACGCCAAGUGGAAGCGGUCAAGGGUUGCGACACGAGAGGCAGUCAAGGCCGAAGCGGCGCUGUACACCGGCGCUCUGAAGCCGCUGCAGGGUGAUGCAGUCCCGACAUUUUACGGCCUGUGGACUGGUGCAUUGACAACUCCGGGUCGCGUGGAGUCGAAGGACUUUGCGAUGCCGAACGGGGAAAAGACCGAGCCGUGCAAUGAAAUCAUGGUCAUGAUCCUGGAGGACGUCGGACGAGUCAUCGCCGACCGAUCGGAGUAUGUCGGUGAUUUUGAUAUUGUCGACAUUGUGUCCCUGUACGAGCGGCUGUACUCCGCCAACGUUGUCCACGGAGACAUCGGCGUCAAGCACAUCAUGAAGAUGGGGUUAGGAGAGCUGCGGCUCAUCGACUUUGAGAACGCGUGGGAGGUUGAUCCUGACAAACCGCGGGAGUAUGUCGACCUGCUGGACGAGAAGCGCACGCUGCUUCGCGAAUUCAAGCAGAUCAUCCCGCCUGAACUCGAGAACCUCGUGCCUCCCUGGGAGAUGGAGUGA